AACACUGAUAUGUUACUCACUAGUUCUGUUCUGAAACGCUCUUCGUAACAGUUUGUACUGAUUUUUGUCCAAAUGAGUUUUUCCAUUGCUGGCACACGUGUAACAAAUUAAAGACAGUAUUGUCCAAGAUUUCUAAAAAAACAAAAAAAUAAAUAAAACGAAAAUCUCUCCGUAGUGUUAACACGAAAUCUACAAUGAAGAUUCUCGCGACACAAAUGCAACCUCCCUACUGAGGCGUUCUCUCUGAGCUUCUGUAGGGAUCUAAGCGACAUCGUACCGCUGUAUCCACCGCGUUCGCUUUACUUGAAACCGUUUGCCAAAAUUAAUGUGUCAGUCAAUCUGCCUCAACUGAAGAUCCAAGCUAUUUGUCCCAUGUCAUGUCAUGUCAUAGCUGGAGAAUAUACAUAGAGGAAACAUGCAACAAAAUUAAAAAGUAGUAAUAAAUUGGAUAACUUUCUUGUAAAUUAUUCUUAAUAAAAAAUAACAAGUUUUUUUCCUCAUUUCGUCGCACAUCACUUUAAUUAGUUAUAUUUAUCUUAAUAAUCACUCACUGUUAAGAUUUUAUUUUUGUCCUGAAAGUUUAUUGCAUUGUCGCUCUCGUAUUUGCGAAUUUUUCUCAACUGUCUCUAUCAACAGGCGAAUAAUGUAAUGUGCAACUGAUGGAAGAUAAUACCACGAUCCAAAGUGAUCCGUGUGAUGCUACGAACACUUGUAAUGAUUCUAGCAAAGAUAGCUUCUUACAGAAACUUAACUGCGCUAUAAACAGGCAAAACAAUAUCAACAUGGGAGGUAAUGGAGAAGAUACGCAAGUUCAUACUGCCCGACGAAUUCUCAUCUUUGAAAGUGGCCAAAAGCACUCUGGAAACAAUACGACUGGAAGGCGAUCUGCAGGACAAAUCAAGAUUGUCAAGGGUAUUGGCUAGAUUGGACAUGCAACAUUUGAAUCUGGCUGGGUUUCCGAAUGUUCUCAAGAUACGUGCAGCAGAGGCGAAAGAUGACUUUCCAACCAGACAUAGCUGGGAUUCUUACUUCAGAGAUGCAAAACAUAUGAAUGAGUUGAAGCCUGGCGAAAGACCAGACACUAUACAUAUUUCAGGUCUGCCAGUUAAAUGGUUCACUGACGAUGGCGCAAGUAGCCCGAGCGAAUCACUCAUCACACAGAUAUUCAAAAAAUGGGGUACACUUAGAAGGAUCGAUGUGCCUAUUGCGGAUCCUUACAGAUCCAGGAUGCGGCUUGGCAACAACAUUCACAAAUUCAGUUAUGAGGACGGCAUAUUUUUUGACGUGUAUAUACAGUACGUUGAAUACAUGGACUUUGUUAAGGCAAUGGAUGCUUUGCGCGGUAUGAAGCUGUUGAAAAAAGACGGUCAGAAUUCGAUGACCACAACAAUAAAGGUUGACUUUGACAAGACCAAGCACAUGAGCGAUAGCUCUGUGUCUCACAGAGAAUUCGAGAGAAAGCGUUUAAUAGCACAGGACAACUUGGCGGCAGAAAAACUACGUAAAAAAGAAGAAGCAGAAAGGAAGCGGCGAGAGGAAUUAAAAAAAAAAGAAGAAGAGAAUACAGUAGCAAAAGCGAGCCGACAACGCAAGCGGGAAGAAAAACGAAAGCGUAAGGCUCUCACGAUGUUUCGUAAACAAGAAGAAGACAAAGUGUCAAUGAAAAUUGCUAGAGAAGAACAGAAGUUAAUAAAAGCUCAACGACAGUUGGAAAGCAUACGAUUAUUAGACGAAUUAUUUGAUAGAAUAAAAACAAAAGUGGAAAAAAAAGAAAUCAAGCUUGACCAAGGUACAAAUGCGGAAAGAAAGAACGAAGAUAAGAACGAAAAUAAGAAUGAUUCAAACGAAAAUAAGAAAGUAGAUGCGGAAAGUGACAGGAAAAAUAAAGAGAAGCAAGCCAAGAAGAAAGCAAAGAAGAAAAAAAAGGGAAAACGGAAAAAAACAAAGAAGCGAAAAAAAGACUCCGGUUCGGAUACUUCAAGUGACGAUGAUGGGAAUAAGGAAACAAACAAUAAAAAGCUCAAGAGUGUCCUGAUAAAGAACGUUCGCACUUCAUCGUCUACAGAUACUAUUUCAGCUGCGAAUUUUGCUUACGCUAACGCCUAUUCCGACUCGAUGGCAAGAAUAUCGAUGUUGCCUCCGAUCGUAUCCGGACCGUUUCAUAGGAUGCCGAGAUCUGACAUGAUGUUGCAAACGUUCAUACCAGGAUCUUAUCCCAGGAUGUCAAGAGGACAAGGUUAUCGUCACGGCAUGGGUCGAGGAUUCUUUCCUCCUCGAUACGAGUCGUACGCGAUGACCAAUCCUUAUUUGUACGACGGACAGUAUUAUGAAUACUUCACUCACCUGGCGAAUCGGGACUCGAAGCAUCGGAACUCGAAUCUGACCGACCGCCGAAAAACGACAAAUAGAUCUUUAUCAUUGAGCAGAUCGCGUUCUAAAUCCAGGAGUGCUUCUAGAUCGCGCAACAGAAAGCGUAGUAGCUCACGUUCCAGAAGUCGCGGCAAGAGGUCAAGAUCCAGAUCGCGAUCCCGUCGUUCUCGAACGCGUCCCAGAAGUCGCUCCAGAUCGCGAUCCAGAAGUCGUUCCAGAUCGCGAUCCAGAAAUCGUUCUCGGUCCCGCGGUCGACGAAAAUCGACAAGCAGAUCGAUCUCGAAAAAAAGAACGAGCACGAGAUCGAGCUCCGAGGCAAAACGCAAGAGCGACACCAGAUCACGCAGCAAGAGACGCAGUAGUUCGCGAAGUAGAUCGAGAUCAAGAUCCAGAACGCGCAGAUCCAGACGAAAGAUGCGAUCAAGAAGUCGUUCCAGGUCCCGCGGUAGUCUCAAGAAUCGUAAGAGAAGAAGAUCCAUUUCCGUCAAAAUCACACGAGCAAAAUCGCGUUCCGUGUCACCCAGACCAAAAUCACGCAGCAGUUCUUGGUCCUUGCCGAAGUCCCCGAACAGAAGAAGUUGCUCUUGGUCGAGAUCUAUGACUAACGCCAACGAACAAAGCGUUGUUUCUAACGAGACUACGCAGAAUGAGUCAGUGACGACGACAGAAAUCCAAAACAAAACAAACUGAUAGAACUCUUUAUACUAUUAAGUUUCUCUUAAGAAAUGCAA